AUGGCCGGGAUGGACCCUGGCGCCGGCGAGCCCCGGGGCGCGUCGCACUACCUCGACCUCCUCCUCGCGCAGCAGCAGCAGUCGACGCCGUUCUCCCCCUUCGCGCAUGUCAAGGCGGAGCAUCACUCCAUGGCGUCGCCGGUCAGGAGCCCCGCCUCCGGCGCCGGGGCCGGGCAACACGGGGGCGGCGCCGACCAGCAGCAGCCCUCCUCAUCGGCCAUGGUGCUGGCGGACGGCGGCGGGGGGCCCGCGCGGCCGAUGCGGCGCCCGCGGGGGAGGCCGCCGGGGUCCAAGAACAAGCCCAAGCCGCCCAUCAUCGUGAUGCGGGACAGCCCCAACGCGUUCCACUCCCACAUCCUCGAGGUCGCCGACGGCGCCGACAUCGUCGAGUGCCUCGCCGAGUACGCGCGCCGCCGCCGGCGCGGCGUCUGCGUGCUCAGCGGCGCCGGGGUCGUCACCAACGUCGCGCUUCGUCAGCCCGGCGCGCCGUCGUCGUCGUCGCCUGGCGGCCUCGUUGCCACCCUGCAGGGGCAGUUCGAGAUCCUGUCGCUGACGGGCACGGUGCUGCCGCCGCCGGCACCCCCGGCUGCCAGCAGCCUCGCCGUGUACCUCGCCGGCUGGCAGGGGCAGGUCGUCGGCGGCAGCGUGGUCGGCCAGCUCGUCGCCGCGGGGCCCGUGUUCCUCAUGGCCGCGUCGUUUGCCAAUGCCGUCUACGAGCGCCUACCGCUGGAGGGGGAGGCAGAGGAGGCCGGCACGGCCACCGCAGCCACAGAGGCGCAGGGAGCAGCCGCAGCAGCGCAGUCCCCCGGCGCCUUACCGCAGCAGCCCGCGGCGUCGCAGUCGUCGGAGGUGACCGGAGGCGAGGCCGGUGGGCUUGGCAUGCCGUUGUGCAAUCUUGAAGGGAAUGUUGGGAGCUACCACUUGCCCGGACCCGGAGACAACUUGGGGAGCUGGAGCGGCGUCAGGCCAUGA